AUGUGGAGCCCACAAAAAGGCCCUACACGACUGUGGGACCUUAGGUUUAGUAGCUGUAUAUUUAUCUUACACUUAAUGUUUAGUUUAGUCAUAGCUGGUAAUGAACUAUGGCCCAUGGAGCGGCCAGACGGGAUGCCCAACAUCGUUUCACUGGAGGUGAUGUGCGGCAAGGAUCACAUGGAUGUACAUCUCACCUUCUCGCACCCAUUCGAGGGCAUUGUCAGCUCCAAAGGACAACACAGCGAUCCGCGCUGCGUCUACGUGCCGCCCUCGUCGGGCAAAACGUUCUUCUCCUUCCGCAUCUCGUACUCCCGCUGCGGCACCAAGCCGGAUCUCAACGGCCAGUUCUACGAGAAUACGGUGGUGGUGCAGUACGACAAGGAUCUGCUGGAAGUUUGGGACGAGGCCAAGCGAUUGCGCUGCGAGUGGUUCAAUGACUACGAGAAGACCGCCUCCAAGCCGCCGAUGGUGAUUGCCGAUCUCGAUGUUAUCCAGCUCGAUUUCCGCGGUGACAAUGUGGACUGCUGGAUGGAGAUUCAGCAUGGCAAGGGACCCUGGGCGCCGCCAGUAAGCGGCAUUGUGCCACUCGGCUCCACUUUGACCCUGGUGGUGGCCAUUAACGAUUAUCGAGGCGAAUUCGAUAUGCGUGUGAAGUCCUGCGUGGCGUCCGAUGGAUCUGGCCAUGUGAUCAACCUGUCCGAUGAGUUUGGCUGCGUGCUGCGACCCAAGAUGAUCUCACGCUUCCUGAAGGCCCGUGCUCCCGACGAGAGGGCCACCGUGAUUACCUACGCCUUCUUCCACGCCUUCAAGUUCCCGGAUGCGCUGAGUGUGCACAUCAAGUGCAAGGUGGAGAUCUGCCGCCACGGCUGCCUCGAUCAUUGCCAGAACACGGGCGUGGCCGGUGGUGGCGGUGGAUCCGGCGAGAAUCUCGGACUGGGUCUCGGCCUGGGACUGACCAAUGCCAAUGAGCGCAAGGAUGUGCACAUUUCGGAUGCCAUGGGCAGCAGCAGCAACGAUCUGCUCAGAGAUCUGGCACUGCCGCCGGGCGGGCAACAUGGCAUGGGCAUGGGAAUGGGACCAGAUCACGACAUCUUCUACGAGGACAUCAUCCACGAUCACAAGCAAACGCUGGGCGGCGCAGGAUUGCCAGCUGGCGGCGAUUAUGGUCACGAGAAGAGUGUCAAUCUGCAGCCGCGUCCCGUGCACGAGGAACAGGAGGAGGCGGAUCUCUCGGAUCUGUUUGGCGACGAAGAUCUCGCCGACUUGGACAUGGAAGGCGGCGAGGGCGAGCGAUACUUGGGCCUGAAGAAGAGCGGCAAGUUCCCACACGGACCCCGGCAGCUGGAGGCCCAGAAACGCAUGGGUGUACCGAUGGCGGGACCCCGUUCCCUGGAGCCACAUGGCCCUGAGGAUGAGGACGUGCCACGACCCGUCUACAGGCCACAGGCGGAGGCGUUGAAGCAGCCCCGCGAAGAUCACAUCGAUUUGGACAAGGAGGAGGAAGAGGCAGAGAAGGCGCAAAAGACGCAGCCGGAGGAGAAGCUGACAGGAGAAGCAGGUGCAGCUGCCGGCAACGAUUCCUCCAAGAGCCGUCGCCGUCGUUCGUUGGUCAUUUCCGAUCGCAAGGUGCGCAGUGCCGACGUGGGCGUCAGCGGCCUGUACGAUGUUAUAUCCGAGGCGGAUCUGGCCUUCUCGCCGGACUCCAAACAGGAGGCGGUCACCGUGUUCCAGGGCAAGAUCAGCGAGGAGGUCGUCUACGGCAUAUGCAUGCCGGUGCCCGGCUUUAGCAUUCUCUUCAUCGUUGUCAUCUCGGCAACGAUCGUGUCCGCUCUCGUGGCCGGUUCGCUGCUAUAUCGCUACCAGCUGCAAAAGGAGGCGCUGGAGAAGCAGACGCCCAUGCCGGUGACCGGAACGCUGGCCUCCUGGAUGACCCUGCGACUCUUCCGCCUGCGACACAUGCAACAGCAGCAGCAGCAGCAACAGCAGCAGCAGCAACAAGUGAGGCAGCCGAGUUCCGGACAUGAAACGGUCCAGUGA